AUGGGUGCUAAUCGCCCGCUCGCCAGCCGCCGUUCAGUCGCAGUACUCACAGUUCACGGGACACUGAGCGCCGCGGACUCGGAGCCCGCCCCCCGCCCCCGCAGAGUCAUCACCGCAACGCGCAGAGGAUCCCGGGCUCCCGUCCCCGCUCUGUCGGAUGGGGCCGGAACCGGUCUGUCAGGCCGGCGGUGUAGCCGGGAAGCAGCGGGGAGCGAGCCUGCAGCCUCCCCGCCUGCCAACCCCGCUCGUCUUUGCUGCUACUCGAGUUGCGUCCAAUUCACGUUCCAGCCACUCACUCCAGACCCAGCUUCUGCUCCGGCUGCCCAGGCAAACGUGAGUCGCUUCUUGCACGAGGUGCUAGGGCUAGCAACAAGCCAGUCUCAACUCCGACUCCGCUCAGGCAGCGGCGGAGCCAGUCAACAGAUCGAGAAUGAAAAAUCCCGGCAGGUCGCUUCGGGCACCGUGCAGUGGAGACGACACGAGUCACACAGCGGUCCGCUUCAGGGUUCCCCCCGCGCGCGGAAGAGCAGCCCAAGCCAUCUUCAGGGACGCCCAGAUAGUCAGUCCCUUCUCACCCCAGAGAGCUCGGGUUUCUCUUUUUUUCUUAAAAACUCUGCGCAAGGUCAUUAGUCACGAAGCCGCCGCCUGAAACCGCAGCAGCCUUUCGCCCGCGGGGGUGAAGGCUGAGCAGUGCGCACCGCGCGGUGCCCAAGUUUGGGUUCGCAGCCGCAGAGUCUGUGCCUUUCCUCACCUGCAUUCGGCCCGCAUGUCAGAGCACUGGGAUCUGCAGCGCUGUGCGCGAUUCAGGGAGGAGAUUGCAGCCUCCCUCUCUCCCCGCUCUCUCUCGAUCCCUCCCCUCCCUCCCUCUCUCCUCCUCCUCUCUCCCCCCUCCUCUCCCUUCCCCUUUCCCCUUCUCCCACUCCUCUCUCCUGCACGCUCCCUUCUCCUUUCUCCCAGUCCCAAUGCAGGCAACUCGAGCUGAACUUGAUCCCUAUGCAGUUCAAAGAUGAUGUUCCCCACCUCCCGAAGUGUCUCUGGUUCGCGAAUUAGCAUCUUGGUUAAGGCUUGGUCGGCUGUGGCUUCGGGGACCCCGCGUGCACCCAGGGAGCCACGCUGGUGUUCUGAGAAACCAUGAUGGGCUGCAGUGGUUAAGAGAGAACAGCGAACUCCAGAGAGUGGUAGAGGGAUCCUUUUUUGGGAGCGCAGAGUUAGGAGGGCUCGGGUUGGCGGGGGGCGCGGCUGUCUUUGUUUAAAUGCUUGGUAUCCCUGUCGUCGCGCUUGCUUACGGGGUAGACCGUGUGUGUGCGCGCGCUUGGGUAAUAAACACAUGUUGGAAGCCUCGAUAUUAUUUUCUGAGCAGAAAACUGCAGCCUUUAGUAACUGGCAAAGUGUAGCGUCACCUAUCUGGAUAAAAGGGAAAUAAACUUUAAUGGCAACUUUGUGUA